AGUUCAUCGCCAAAGCCGUUAUUCCUAGCCAGCAAGUAGCAGCACAGCCAUUGUCAGGAUUUUCACAGUUAUACAUCAAUACGUGAACUGUCAACUGCAUCAUAGAACAUACAAAGAUGUGCGGGAGACUGAUGUCUAUCCUGAUCCUGUGUGGGGAUGUAUUCGACUUUAUAAUGGACUGGGUAUUCUACGAUGACAUUAAGAAUGCUCAGGAUGGUUUAGUUUUUGGACCUCAUGACAAAAAACUUGUAAUGGCAACACUUGUUUUCUGCAUAAUUGGGACGGUCACCUUCAUCACAGAAUGUGUUAUUAACAGACUAGAAUAUAAAUGGAACAAAAAAAAUAAUUGGAGAUGGAGUGAGAAAUUAGAUACAAUAUCUAAGAUUUCAGAGGUGAUGACAAUGAUAACACUGUUUAUUGAAGAUCUGCCUCAGAUCCUCAUUAACCUUGUUAUUGCCUCGUGCCGGGAAGACGUUACCAACAUUGUACAAAUAGUAAAGGCUACAUCAGCAUUAGUUGAAGUUGUUUUACUUCUGGUCAUUAUGUCUGUGAAAUAUUGUCAGGCUAAAAGGCAAGGGGAAAUAGAAGGAUGGAGAAAAAAAAUCUUUGGUGUAACAAUCUUUAAUUCAAUCCUGAUAUUAGGGCUUUCGUCAGCUGUGUUUUACCUGGAGAUCAACUUCAACAAGGAAAAGAUAGACUUUGACAGCCAUGGCUUGGAAGGCAGGGAAGCAGAUCGCUAUCUCCAGGGAGUCGAUGUUUUUAUGAAAUCUCCAACCAUUCCAAACAUGGCGGAUGAUCAGUGGCUGAAUAUCACGGAUGUCAAAACCAUAACGAAAUUCCCUGAUCAGUCUUCAAAUAUUGUGGUAAGCGUUUUCGUCAAUGAACAAUAUGGAUGGAUGAAUAAACAGUCCACUUCGUCUGGGGAAACACUGUCGUGUUACCAGGCAACACAGACAUCGAUGAUGAGUCCUCUUCCUUCAGCAAAAUGCCGCGAACUUCUGUCUAAUGCCACCGGCGGUACUUACAUAACAGUGAAGCUGGAGUAUGUCCUCCCGAACAGACAUCAGCCACUAGGGGAUAUACUCUACAACUACAGGGUCACCGAUAAAAAUUGUAGGCCAAUCUCAUCACCAGGGGUACCCCUGACCUUUAAAUACUUUAAGGGAAAACCAGACAUCAUGAUCAGUCAUUUCUUUACCCGAACAACUGACCUGGAUGAUGUAAGAGAUGUUUGGAAGACUGGGAGAGCCUAUUGUACAAGCACUGCACGUGAGCAUCCUAAAUUUUCCUCUGCAGUGCAAGUACCCUGUGUGCCUUUGAAGUAACUGUGUAGUCAGGGGGAAAAUUACCUCACGAAAUAAUCUUCAUUAGGAUUUAUAUCUCCCGCCAUUCAUUUUCUGUUUACAUUCAACAUGGCUAAACAGAGUAUAAACCAGCAAUAAAGUGGUGGGAAAAAAAGUGAAGUCAAGUGAUGGGCUUUAAAAGCCUACUGCUUUUAACAGUUUUCAUUGGUUAUAUCUAGUGAGUUUGACUGUGUUCAAUGUUUUCUAGUGUGGUGAUUUUGAAAGUGUUCAUUGUUAAGUCUAGUGAGAAUCACCAUUUUUUACUAUUUCUAGUCCAGUGUUUGAAUGUGUUCACCCUUAAGUUUAGUGAUUUUGACCAUUUUUUUUAGUCCUGUGAAUUUGAAAGUGUUACCCUCACCCUUCAUGUUCAACCUAUGGAUGAGGUCAACAAAAAUGUUUAUCAAGAGUGUUAUUGAGUAAUUUCAUGGAGAUUACAAAUAUAGAGAUGACUG